UAACACUCUGGUCUAGAGAGUAUGAAUCCUCCUGCGAAACGUGGCCCUCGCGUUGCGGCCGCCUGCCAGCGCUGCCGUCGCCAGAAGCUCAAGUGCGACCGCGACCGGCCGUGUGCGUUGUGUAUCCGUGCCAGUGUGCCUUGUAUCACGCAGGACCGUCAGAAGCGACGACAGCUACGUCAAUCGAAAGCGCAAUCGCAAUCGCAAUCGCAAUUACAAGAGCAAGAACAGGGUUCGCAACCACAGGAUGAAUCCCUGCCGGAAAUUGCGGUCCAUCGCCGUACCGAUGAGACGUGGUUCAUCUCCGAGGCGAGAACAUCCUCGGCGGGGAUGACGCAAGAGAUAAUCGACCAGUUCAGCCCGAAAACGGUCCUCGCCAGCUCCAUCUCUGCCCUCCCGGGUGGCGCCAAAGCGAACGCCGAGAAGAAUCAUGGUAAUCCAUCGCCACCAACAUCUGAUAUCUCCGUGCGCGAGGCAAUCGGCUUCGAUCUCCCCCCGAAACCCAUCGCAGACGCCCUGCUGGAAACGUACCUGCGUGCCGUCCACUGGUUCAUGCUGGUGUUUCACGAACCCACCUUCCGCGGAGAGUACGAGGCGGUCGUCACCUCGCAGCGCUGUCUGUCUGGUCCUCGUUCGAGGCACCAGCUGCUUCUGAUCCUGCUGGUUCUCUCGCUCGGAGCGCAUUACUACACUGCCGGAGAGAGGAGAAACUCGGUAGAAGACCACGAGAGUAAUGGAGGGGAAGGAGAAUUUGAUAUGCAGGCAUUCCGCACCCGUUCCCUCGCCAAAAUCGAAGGAAACCUACUAGACCUUCUUGACGGGGCAGAUGUCGAGGCCGUCCAGGCCUGCGUCCUCCUGGGUUCCUUCUACCUGUACCACGGCCGCCCUAACCUGGCGUACGUCGUGCUGGGCGCCGGAAUCCGCUGCAGCGAGAUCAUGGGUCUCGCGCGGGAAUCCGGCUGGCGACGCAGCCUGUCGGAGCAUGCGCGCGAGGACCGCCGCCGGACGUUCUGGGCGUUAUACGUUUUCGACCGCUUCGCUUCCAUCGUGUACGGUCGACCGUGCUGUCUGCGCGACGAGGAGAUCGAGGUCUGCCUGCCCGAGAACAGGGGCGACACCACCCUCGUGCAUCCUGCGUUUCGUACCGUGCUCGCAGACUCCUCGCCUGUCACCACCUUCACCUAUGUCAAAUGCAAGAUCCAGCUGUACCGCAUCGCCUCGCCUAUUGUCGCGGACAUUUACUUCCACAAAAACGCCGAUCGCGCUUCACUGGCGGCCAAAGUCGGCCGUAUCGACCAGCAGCUGCGUCGGUGGUUUGCGCAUCUGCCCCCGGAGUUGAAGCUAAAGGAUCUUCACGAAAAGGCUAGCAGUAGCAGUAGCAAUUUCCAAGACUCUUCGCGGCUGUUCAUGCUCCAAGCAUUAGCAUUGCAACUAGCAUACGACAACGUACAGAUCCUGCUUCACCGACCACUGCUAUUGCAGACGGAUGCGGACGACGAAUUCUCAAGCAGAAGCCAGUGCUGGAACUCGGCGAUCCAGUCCUCGAAUCUGGGCGUGUACGGUCCCUGUCUCGAGGAGGCGCGCGACACACACGCCGCAGCGUUUAUGGGGAUCAAUCUCUUCACGGCGAGCAUGGUGUUGUGCGUGUUCGCCAUGUCGAAUCCCAUCUCGUCGCAGGCGCAGCUGGCCAAACAGGCCGUCAAGCGGAUCAUGUCCUUGUCGCGCUUUCUGGCCCAUCGCGCCCUGCUCUCCGACCAGACGAACCAUGUUCUUCGGGAUCUCGUCCAGUUGAUUUUUGAGAAAGAGAUGAAAGCCAUGCUGGAGACUGAGGAUAUACAGUUGCGGCAGAGUCAUCAAAGUCACCAGAACCAGAUUCCUGAGAGUAUACCUGACGUGAUAUCUCCAACACUCCCAGAAGACGGACUGCUCGGUUUCCCCGAUUUCGGCAGUCUAGACUUUCACGACGGCAUCGCCACCUUGCAGCAGGCCAUGUUCCCCGAUCCUGAAUGGAUCGACGUCGGGACUCCACGCGGGAUCCCUCUCAGCUCGAUCGGCCAGACGUGGGUAUGGAAUCCUUUCAGUGCGCCGAUAGAUGAUGCAUAGUUAAUCUCAAUGAGAGACGAG